AUGUCUAGUACUGUAAGACCCAUUUCAGCGCAGGGAUCCCCAAAAAAUGAUGACCAAAACGCCCGGGCCACAAUCCCCGCUGAUGUCCCGGAAAUAAAGCGUCGCUUCGAGCUAGGUGGCAAAACUCGAUAUGCGAUUAUGGUUAUGGGCGUCAUCUAUCUGUCCAUCUUGCAAUCAACUGUCAUCGCUUAUAAUGCGACCUUCGUGGCAAUGAUGGACAUCACUUCUUCGCCGUAUUACUAUGAAAACAUCACUGAUCAUGAAAUUUCACAGAUUCAAUGGGACUCGAGCGAGCUUCCGAUUGCUGAUCGUCGAUUUCAAUAUAGUGCAUUGGAAAAAGCGCUGACCUUUGCUGGUGCAUUUGGUGGAGCUCUUGUAGGGACGCAACCGGUCGGAGGGUUGAUCGGAAAAUAUGGGGAGCACAAGGUUAUGAUGAUCAUCGGGAUGUUGGCUACGCUAUGCGUCGUCCUCGUCCCAAUCUGUAUUACCACCUCCUUCUGGCUUUUCGUAGCUGUUCGUUUUAUUUCGGGUAUCGCACUCUCGAAUCUCUUCCCGAUUGCUGGAAUCAUUGUCAAUACGUGGGCCCCGGUGACUGAAAAGGGGCUUUUCGUUGCUGUACUCUCCGGCCAUGUUGAGCUGUCACCACUCUUUACCAUGCCGAUGUCCGGCAUUGUCGCGACAGGAGUAAGCUGGCCGGCCGUUUUCUACAUGCACGGAUUACUGUGCGCUAUUGGGACGGUUGUUUGGAUUCUAUUUUAUAGGAAUGACCCUAAAACCCAUCGUUUUGUCGGGCGUGCCGAAUUGAAGAUCAUCAGCGAGGGCAAGCAGGCGAAGGUGGAGGGACAGCGCGUUGAGGUCCCAGUCGUUCGCAUCAUCCGCUCAAUCGUCAUUUGGGCCGUUUGGAUCGCCGUCAUCGGAAACUUCUUUGUGGCGCAAUUCAGUAUCACUUACGCGCCGAUGUACCUUGCAUACGUUCUAAAUUACACUGCACUCGAGGCUGGGCUGAUUACCAUGAUCCCAUUGGGGUUGCUGCUUGUUUUGAAAUUCGCCACUGGCAUGGUUUCUGACCGUCUAAAGUCUAUUUCGGAGGUGGGAAAGCUUCGUCUCUUCUCUUCUCUCUCGCUGCUCGGCUCGGGCUGCUUCUUUAUUCUAGUCUCCUUCUUCCCUCCAGGAUAUCACGUUGGAGAUGUCAUUUUGAUUGUAAUCCCCGUGGCUCUGCUUGGCUUUCAAUCGGGUGGCUACCCAAAAUGCGUAGUGAUGGUGUCGAGGCAACAUUCAGCCUGGGUCAUGGGCACUGUGCAGAUGCUUGCCGUGUCGUCAUUGGUAGUUGGUUCAUUUGUGGUCCCGGCAAUGACUACAGAGGAUACUUUCGAGCAAUGGAGAAACGUUUUUACGCUUUACGCAGCAUUAAUGGUCCUAUGCAACACCAUCUUUGUAUGUUUCGCCCGGGCGGACCCUUGCAAAUGGACCUUUGAUGCGGCCAUUGGGCAAGACCAGGUAAAAGCCGAGGAAGCUGUUGAGAGAGCUGUACGGAAGAUGAGCACAGCACCCAACUGCCCGGUAGAUGCCCCACCCCCAGCUUCGACCACACAAACACCCGUGCAAAGGAGAACUAGUCAUUCGGACUCGGUUUAUAGCGUU